AUGGCUCGUGGCGAAGGCAAAGGUGAAAGUGUUGCCAGAUUGUCAAAUCAAAUAGCGUGCAUAAAGUACACGCUGUUCUGUUUCAACAUUGUGGCAUGGAUUGUCGGUGCCGGUCUGUUUGCGUUCACCAUCUUCAUCCGUGCCGAGCCCGGCUUCGACGAAUGGAUUGCCAUCCUGAAUGUGUACGAGUACUACAUCGGUGUGUACAUACUGAUCGCCGCCGGUGCGUUGGUCAUGAUUUUCUCCUUCCUCGGUUGCUGCUCCGCGCUGAUGGAACACUCCUCCGCUCUGUAUCUGUUCAUCGGUACGCAGGUCUUUCUGUUCCUGCUAACCGUCAUCGGUUCGGCCAUCCUGUUGGACUACUCGACGAUGAACUCCAGCAUCCAGCCGCUGAUUCGGGAGACGAUGCUCCGCUUCAUCGUCACCUCCGAGCAUCCGCACUCGUCGGCCGCCCUCAAGCUGAUCCAGGAGAGUAUUGGAUGCUGCGGUGCGGACGGACCGAACGACUACAUGGUGAUGCGCCAGCCGCUGCCCCUGGAGUGCCGUGACACCGUCAGUGGCAAUGCGUUCUUCAACGGGUGCGUCAACGAGCUGACCUGGUUCCUGGAGGACAAGUCGGUGUGGGCCGCCAUUAUGGCGAUGAUUCUGGCCGCCGUUCAUACCUGCAAUGGCGUGCUGGGAAUCGUCCUGGUCCAGGCGUUGAAGCGCGAGGAGGAGGCCAUGAACAGGCGCUAAAUGUCAUCGAUGGAUCAGG